AUGAGAGAGUGCGUCCUUUCGGCCAGACCGUUGCUGGCCCAUAGUCAGGGCAUCGAGCAGGCUUCCCCGUCUCUGCUCUCGGACAUUCACUUUGCAGUUUGUGAGGCUGUGGAGGGGGGGGUGAGGGGGGGGGGUGAGGUGACCGCGGGUGGUCGAGUGGGGGACUGGGGGUGGGGAGGCGGGGGGGCCGCGGUGGGCAGGGGGGGGGGGGGCCCGGGUGAUGGGAGGGUGGUGUGGGGGGGGGGGGGGCGGAAGGGGCGACGGGGGCCGGGGGGGGGGGGCGGGGCGCGUGGGCGCGGGGGGGGUGGGGUUGGGGGGUUGGGGGGGGAGAGGGGCGGUGGGGGGGCGGUGGGGGGUGGAGUGCGGGGCGGGACGGGGGGGGGGUGUGGGCAGGUGGGGGAGGGAAGGGGGGGAGUCGGGGGGGGAGGGGGUGGAGCUAUGGUGUCGGGCGGGGGGGAGCCGGUGUGGGUGAGGGGGGGCCUGAGGGGGGUGGCCCGGUCGGGGGGGGGUGGUGGAAGGGGAGAGGGCGGUAAGGGGUCGGCGUGUACGGGUCGGGGGAAGAGGGGGACGGGGGGGGGGGGGGGGGCGUGGAGGCGGGGUGGGGGCGGGGGUGCAGGGGGGGGGGGAGGGGGGGGGUGCGCGGGAAGGGGGUGGGAGGGGGGGGGGAGGCGUGGGGGGUGGGGCGGCUGGGUGUGUGGCGGAGGGGCGGGGGGGGGUGAGAAGGGACGGGGGGGGGGGGGGGAGGGCGGUGCGGGGAAUGGUGGGCGGGGGACGGAAGGGGCGGAGGGGGGAAGGGGGGGGGGAAGGGGGGGGGGGGGGAGCGAGGGGGGGCUACGGUGGGGGGUGCAGGGGGGGAGGGAGAGGGUGCGAGGGGGGCCGGGGGGGGGAGUGGUUGCGGGGAGGGGGCGGGAUGGGCGUGGCGAGGGUGGGGGAGGGAGGGGGGAGGUGGUGGAGUGGGAGGGGGGGGGUCGGGGCGCGAUGCAUGCGGUCGUUGGGGGGAGGGGGGGGCGGUGCAGACAGGGAAGGGGCGGCGCGCGGGUGACGGGUGGUUCGUGGGGGGGGGGGGAAAACCGGGGGGGAGGUGGCAGGGUGGGGGGCAAGGCGGGGCGUGGGGGGGAAGCGGCGGAGCGUGGGGAGCGGGCGCGCGGUGGGGGGGGGGGGGGGGGGGGGAAGGGGGGGCGGGACGGGUGUGUGGGGCGGGGGGGGGGUGAGGGGGGGGGGGGGGAGCGGGGCGGAGGUCGCAGGGAGCGGGCGCACGGCCGGGGCGGGGGGGGGGCGGCGGGGGUGGGGGGAGGAGGGGGGGAGAGGGGGGGGGGGAGGGGGGGUGGCGUGGCAGGCAGGGGGGGGAGGGUGGAGGGGGACGGGGGGCGGCGGGGGGGGGGAGGGGGGGGGGCAGGAGAGAGUGUAGGGUGGGGAGAGGCAGGGGGGGCUGGACGGGUGCUGGGGGUGGGGGGGGGUGGGGAGGGGCGGGGGGGCGGGGGAAGGGGGAGGAGGAGGGGUUGGGGCGAGUCGGGGCGGGGUUGGUGGGUUGGGGAUGGGCGAGGUGUGGCGCGGGGGGAGGGGGCGGGAGGGGACGAGCGGGUGGGGGGAGGGGGGCGGCGGGGCAGGGGGGGGGUACGGGGGGUGAUGGGGGGCGAGGGAGGGAGUGCGGAGAGAAGUGUGCGGGGUGAAUGGGGGAGCGGGGUACGGUACGCUGGGGGGGAGCGGCGCGGGAGCGGGGGCGGGGGUGGAGUGGGGGGGCCGAGUGGGGGGGGGGGGUUAGGGGAGCGGGGGGGAGUGGUGGAGGGAAGGUGCGGAGGAGGAGUGGUGUGGAAGGGGGUGGAGGGCGCCGGGGCGGGUGGGCGGGGUGGUGACGGGGGAAGGCGGGUGGGGGGGGGAUUGGGGGGGGGGAGGGUGAGGAGGGGCGGUGGGGGGGGGGGUGGGUGGGGGGAGGGUGACGUGGGAGGCGGGAUGAGGGGGGUGGGGGGGGGGGAGCAAGGGAGGAAUGCUAGCGGUGUGUUCCGUCCGGGGGGGUGGGGAGUGGAGCGGGGGGGUAGGUCGGGGCGGGGCGGAGGGGGGGGUGGGGGGGGGGUGGUUGUGGGGGGGGGGGGGGGGGUAGGGGGCGGGGGGGCGAGAGGGGGGGGGGCGGGGGGAGGGAGCGGAAGGGGGAGGGGGGCGGGGGGCGAGGGGGGGGAGGGCGCCUCGGACGAGGGGGGGGGUCGCGAGGAUGGGGCAGUUGGAAGAGGGAGGGCGGAGGUGGGGGGCGGGGGGGAGGUGGUGUGGGGGGGGCGGGGUUGGGCGUGGGGGGGGAGGGUGGGGUAUUGGGGGGUGGAGCGGUUAAGGGGGAGGGGGCGACGGAGCGGGGGGUGGGAGUGUGGGGGGGGCGUGGGGUUGGGUGGUUGGGGUGGGGUGGGGCAGGGGGAGAGGGGGCGGGGGGAUGUUUCGUGGCGGGCGGGGCGUGCCGGUGCGGGGGGGGGCGAGAGGGGGCGGGUGGGGUGGGUGGCGGCGGAUGCCGCGUAA